AUGCUUGGAAGAACACCAGCCGCAGCUCUUCGCUCAGGGCGGGCACUGAGAGUUCGCCGACCGAUCCAGGUGCCUUCGCAAUCCCGAACCACGCGCUUCCAGUCUACAGCUCCAGCCAAACCUACUACCGAUGCCUCAUCAUCUUCAAGUCAGGCUCUUCUGGGGGGUCUGGCCGGUGGCUCUUUUGCAUUUGUCCUGGGAUACAUGUGGUAUCAGUUCUCGGGUGCCAAAACUGCCAUGAACACUAUACACUCCACGAAGACUUACGUCGACGACACCUUCAAGAAGGCAACUCAGAACGCCCCGGAGCCUAAUCAAGCCAUCCAGUGGCUGAAGGAGACGGUACAAAGCUACACAAAAAUGAUUCCAGGGGCUUCAAAAUAUGUCGACUCCGCUUUCGAGGACGUGGACAAGGUCCGGGAAAAGCAUGGAGACGAGGUAGACAAAAUCGUCAACGACACCUACCGGAAGCUGAAGGACGUCACCAAGAAGGGAUUCAGCAUGGAAGCUGGUGUGCAAGCCUGGGAAAUCAUUGAAGAUUGCUUCAAGCGCAUUGGUAGUCUGGCAGCCAGCGCUGGGCAAGACAUCCUGGAUAACCAUCCCCAAUUAAAGAGUCAAUUUGGGGGUAGGUUCGAGCAGCUGCAGCAGAUGGGCGAGCAGUACGGUCCAGAAGCUAAGAAGGCAGUUGACGAGACCUGGAAGCAAAUGCGUGACAUUCUGGCUGGUGGUGUCAGCUUCUCGACAGUGCAGAAGCUUCAGGAUCUGUUACAGGAGAAGUCACAACACCUGAAGAAGUACGGCGAUCAAGCCUGGCAGAAGGGCAUGGAGCAGGCCAAGCCACUUCUGGACAAGCAACCGCAAAUAAAGAAGCUUAUCGAGGAGAACAAGUCAAAGCUACUUCGUGGUGACCUGGGUCAACUGUGGCAGAAGGUUCAAGAUGCGGCCCAGUCAGGAAACACAGACGAUCUCCAAAAAUUCGUGAAAGACCAAGUGGACAAAGUCUCUGAAAGCGCCGGUGGUGGCAUCGAGCAGUUCCUUAACAUGAUGCCUGGUGGAUCGGAGAUUGGACCAAAGCUGCAACAGUUGCAGGAACUCAGUCAAAAGCAUGGGCAGGAAGCAGAGAAGCUGGUCAGAAGUGCUAUUGACGAUGUGAAGAAGGUGUUGUCCCAGAAGGUUGAAGAAGGGCAGCAGCUGAAGGAGAAAGUCAAGUCUGAGACGUAA